GUCGGGACCCGGAAGUGCCGGUGGAGAGUGUGUUUUUCCAUGUUGCUUUGGAGCAAGUGAGUUGAGUGCUGUGCCCUUUGCUGCACUCCCCGAGUCACCGGCCCAUGUGGAAUAGCACCAAGAAAACAUCCGUCUUUGCUGUUUAGUAUAAAUCGAAUUAUUUUCAGGUGCAAAGUUAUUCAGAAUUAAAUCUCAUGUCAGCAGAAAGCUCGACCGUCACGGUUCGUCUUGUGCGCUCUUUUGAGCACCGUAAUUUCAGACCUGUGGUGUACCAUGGCGUCCCCUUGGAUCAGACAGUGAAGGAGUUCAUCGCUUUUGUGCGCAAGGAUGUGUCUUCAAGAACAGGACUUCCUCCUCCUUUUAAAAAUUACAAGUAUGAUACAAUGAAGAUUAUUCACCAAGCACACAAAUCUAAGACCGGUGAACUUGUAGUGAGUUUGGAAGAUGAUGACAAACUGAUUUUGAAGGAAGACAGCACGCUGAAAGCAGCUGGAGUAGCAAAUGAGACGGAAUUAGCAUUCUUCUGUGAGGAAGAUUACAGAAACUACAGAGCUAAUCCUGUUUCGGCCUGGUGAAGAUCCCAAGAGAUUGUUUUGUUUUCCCAUACCUGUUGUAAAUUUUCCUUAUUCUGCUUAAUGAGAUUUUUCUUAAAGAUCAAUAAAUCCUAGAGGAUUUCUUUGCAAACAGUGCAAUUCCCUUCCUAUAGAAAUUAAUUUCUGUCAAUAUGCUGAGGCUGAGAGAAGAAAAACUG